CCAAUUAGUAACGAACAAUUGCUCGAUCGGCUCCACGUAAAUAAAGUUUAGAUCGCAGCUUUGUUAAUUGCUUAUCGCGGUGACAAGUAAAGUGAAUCGUUUAUGGCUGUACACCUUCGAAACGGACGUGGACAUAGCCGCUACCUAGUGUUGGAGGAUACGGAGGAGCAAUGGGCAAGGAUCAGCACUUGCUGGAGGCUUCGCGAGGCGGCGACAUCAAGACGGUGGACAAACUGCUGGAGCACUCGAGCAAACGCCAUGGCCCGCUGUCCAGCUUUCGGCGAAGUCCCAGCAUCAACUGCCAGGACAUGAAUGGCUAUACCUCACUGCAUCACGCCUGUCUAAAUGGGCAUAGCAACAUUGUAAGGCUUCUACUCUCCCACAACGCGCUAUUGGAUGUGCCUGAUAUACGUGGCUCGACGCCCUUAUUUCUGGCCGCCUGGGCUGGACACCAGGACAUUGUCAAGAUGCUGCUAAUGCACUCGCCCACGGGAGCGAAUCCGAAUGCCCAGACCAUCGAAAACGAGACGCCGCUGCACUCAGGCGCCCAACAUGGCCACAAUGCCGUGGUGGCCAUUCUUCUCUCCUACGGCGCCGAUCCCGCCAUACGCAACAAUAGCUUUCAAACGGCUCUCGAUUUGGCAGCACAAUUUGGCCGCCUUCAGGUGGUUCAGACCUUGCUGCGCGUUGAUCCCGACCUCAUAUUGCCGUAUAAACGUUUGGAGGACGACGAGGAUGAGCUGUUGGGCUGCUCGCCCAUAAAGCACAUCUUUACGCACACCUGCCUGCACCUGGCCAGUCGGAACGGGCACAAGAAGGUGGUCGAAACACUGCUGGCGGCCGGCGUCGAUGUCAACAUACUCACCAACGCUGGAAGCGCACUUCACGAGGCGGCUCUCUGUGGCAAAAAGUCCGUUGUGGUCACCCUGCUUAAGGCCGGAAUCUACGUGCACGCCACCGAUGGAAACGGACGCACAGCCCUGGACAUACUCUCCGAUUAUCCACCACAUGUGACCUACGACAUUGUGGGCGCCAUAAACGAGUUCACCCAAGCGGCGAGGGAACAUCGGAAGCCUCUUGUCGUAGAGAACGGCACACAAUCGCUGCCGAAGCGGCUGUACGAGAAGAACUCGCAGCGACAGAAGGUGCCGCCCAGGCAGAGGAAAAAGCAAGAUCAUCAAGCCAACGGACUUUCGCACUCUUUAAGCUCACUGGACGUUUUCGCUAAGGCGCCGGAGAAUUACCUGGAAAUGAAGCCCAUCAUACAGCAGAAGUCCUGCGACACCUUGAACGACAUUCGGACGAAUGGCGGCAGUCUGUGGUCCAGCUAUAAGCCGGUGUACAAACAACCCAUUCUGCCCAGCUUUCGUGUGGACAGCGGCAUUUCCAAUGGAUCGGUUCCCUCGAGAUCGUACGAGUACAUAAAUCUCUUGAGGAACGGCUCCAACAGCGAUGAUAACUCCACCAGUACCAGUAGCAACUCUGCGGUGCGUCAACAAGCAGUGGCUUCGUAUGUGGAGAUGAAGCUGCCUUCCCCGCCAGUUCCUAAACCACGCACUCGAAUUAAUGGCGAAUACAACGACUAUGCAAAUCUGGUGCCAAUAGAAGAAAACAUCUGCGUGGCAGCUGUGGAUAACAACAAUAAUACAAAUGGUAACGGUGGCAAAUUGCGCUUAGUUCGCCAUUCGCCCACGCCGGAUUAUCCACCACCCACGGUCACCGAGGCGGAACGCACGAUCUUCAACUUCAUGCAGCCGGCUACUCUGCGCAAAAACAGUUUGCUGGAACCGGUGGAUUCACCUCGAACCACUAACUCAGUGAGCUCUGACCAGGUGGAGGAAUACGUGGCCGAUAUCCCCUUUGCUGGACUAUUUAAAGGAUCCACUUUAAACUUGUCCUCGGAUGUGGUGGAUGGAAUUGGUGCUGUGCCGGGAGAAAGGGAGUAUCUCCAAUCACCCAGCAUGGUGAGGUCGGCCCACGCCCAAAACCACAGACGCAGCCUAUCCAAGCAACGAUACUCAGCACUGGGCGAAGACUUCAGCGCCUCGCGAGUGUGGGCCGAAAUCGAUACCAUUUUCGAGAACAUUGGCAACGAAGUGUUCACAGUAGAGCAGGAGGUCGAGGAGCUUAAAGAAGAUUCUUCCAGCUUGUCCUUGGAUGAUUCGCAGUCCCUACACAUACGAGAUCCGGCGGAAUUGCUAUUGGGCAGAAAACAGAGCUCCGCCUCCAAUUGGUGCCACUCACCAUACACACUGAUCUAUGGCGAAAUUCGCUAUUCUCUGUUUUAUCUUGGCUCAACGGUCAUUCGAAAACUGCAAGGAACCCUUUCAACGCGCAAAUCCAUCCAGAAGCUGAAGAUCGAUGAGAACAUGAAGUCGGCGGCGAGUGUUAGUGAUUUCAGUUUGCUGGAGAACUGCACCACCUCCACAAAGUACCUAAAGGCGGCCAACCUCCAGACGCGUCUUAAUGUGGACAUUGCUGUAUCCUGCGUCGGCGUCAAGUUCAUAGAUCACGAGAAAAAGACUGCCAUCUGUUGCCAUGAUAUUGAGAACAUAAACUGUGUUUGCCAGGACUCGGAGGACUUGCGCUACUUUGCAUACAUAACCAAAGAACAGGACCUGCACUACUGUCAUGUCUUCAUGGUGGAUAGCUUGGAGCUGGCUAAGGAAAUCAUCAUGACACUGGGACAGGCCUUUGAGGUAGCCUACCAGCUCGCUCUGAGCAGACAGGGCACUGCCCCCAACCAAGAGUGCUAAGCUCAAGCCAUGGAAGUGCCACAACUGCCACCGAGCGUGGUUUUUAAUUAUUUAUUUCAUUGCAUUUCACACGAAAAGUUUUUUUAUUCAUUUGCUAGUCGUUGAUGCCAUCUCCAUGCUGGCUUUGUUUCACAUAAGGCAGCUCACAUGUUAAGUAUUUUGAAAGUUUUUUAAAUAAAUUUUCAACAUUGCUUUUUAAA